AUGGAAUCGGGGACGGUAACAGUGCAGGCGAUGCCGGGCGUUCCGACAGUGCUGAGUCCGGUGCCGACCGUACCCUUACGCAUCCUGGACGUGGAACCCAUCGACGCCGGCACUUUCGGCUCCAUCUUCAAGGGAUUCAUAGACCCCGGCAGACGAAAGAUCGCGCUGAAGAAGGUCCUCCAGAACCCCAACUACAAGAACCGGGAGCUGGACAUCCAGAAGCUGAUGGACCACGUUAACGUCGUCGCCUUGUUCUAUUACUUCUACGUUCCUUCCGAAACGCCAGGGAGUGAUUAUUUGUGCAUGGUGAUGGAGUUCAUACCUUCGAACGUGAGCAAGUUCAUGCGACAACACCGGGAGCCGGUUCGAAAGCCCUACGAUCUCGUCGACGUUAAGGUCGGCCCACUUCCAUUUCUCAUUGUUCCUUGCUCUCUGAUUUGUUACCAGAUGUUCCGUGGGGUGAUGUACCUACACGCGCAGACGAUCGCACAUCGAGACAUCAAGCCUCACAACCUCUUGUGGGACCCGGAACACAUGGUGGUCAAAGUGUGCGAUUUCGGCUGUGCCAAAAAGAUUCUCCCCGGAGAGACGUCCAUCUGCUACAUUUGUUCGCGGCACUACCGACCGCCUGAACUCUGCCUCGGCGUUACUCAAUAUUCCCUUAUGAUCGAUGUGUGGAGCCUGGGAUGCGUGAUGGCAGAGAUCUACUUAGGUCAGGUGGUGUUUCGUGGGAACGACAAUCACAGCCAACUGGUAGAGAUCAUGAAGAUCCUCGGGACUCCCACACCAGCCCAGCUGAACGAAAUGAAUGUUUCUCCUUCCAAAGCUCUCCAGAGCUUCCCCAAGAAGGAUUGGAAACAGCACCUGUCCCUGGGAGACAUUCCGCCUUCGGACGAUGCGGUCGAUCUAAUGAGUAAGACCCUGGAGAUGUCCCCCGGAUCCCGAUUGACGUGUGCGGAAGCCCUUCUUCACCCUUACUUCAAUGACCUCCGACUGCCCGGCAGAAAUCUUCGCAACGGAAGACCUUUCCCUCCCCUCUUUAAUUUCAACAACCUCGGUCGGCGGGAGAGUUCCGAAGACAUCAACAUCGAGGGAGGGAUCCAUCUCUCCAAUUUCCAGAGGCAGAAGUUGACCUGGUACUUCGAGAAGUUCUUCGACAGAAACAGCGACGGAAACUUCAUGCAGGAUGACAUCGUCAACCUCUGCGAGAAAAUGCGGGAGUACAGGGGAUGGGGGGAGGAUGAUCGGGAUUUCCUGGACCUCAUGGACACCCACAACAGCUUCCUCGAGUGCCUCAUGGACCAAGUCCGAAUGGAAAAGGCCCAGACGACGGGGUCGAAGGUGGAAUCCGUGACGAAGAGGGAAUGGCUCAACAUGUGGGGUCGCUUGAUCUCCGGAUGCACCGGAGUCGCCGACUUCCCUUACUGGGUCCAACUCCUUCCGAAGUCCCUCUUCAAGGUCAUCGACAAGAACGGAGACGGGAAGAUCACCAUGGACGAGCUCGGCGAAUUCUAUCGCAAUUUCGCAGACAUCCCCGAGUCCGAGUUGGAGGAGAGGACCAAAAUCGGAUACAACUCCAUGACGGCCAACGGGGAUUACGAGCUCGACUACGACCUCUACGUCAUGAACUUCAGCAACUUCCUCCUGGGUCGAACGAUUUACGGGCCUGGCAAAUACAUCUUCGGCUGCUUCGACAUCUCGGACCAGAAGAACAAAUUCAAGAUCCAAUACGAAGAACCCGUAGGUGCUUGAUCCUCUGUGUCGUCCUCUUCCCUCAUUCCUCACCCGUCUUAGAACGCUCACCAGUACCUGCGACUCCUUCUCCUCGCUUGCAUAUCGUACGAUAAGUCAUGUAAAUUUACUUUAUCGCUUUCAACCUGUCCAUUUCUCGUUCUCGUUUUGCUCAUGCUCUUAACUGUAUCCAUUUAUCGAGAGUAUAUUCUUCAUACCCUUCGACA